CUUAUUAAAUAGGUGUGAUGAUGAUGAUGAUAAGACUUGAUGAUCUGCUUGUUUUGUUUUCUGUCUCCCUCUUUCUUCUCUCCAUCCCCCUCUCCCUCUGCGACUGUGAACUGAAGGGGGGCUCAACCGACGAUGGAACAGGAACAGUGUACAUCAGUGGGGAUAUGCAUAAGUUGUUGGAGUCUGUGGCGACUGUGUCUAUGACGACUGAGAGUAAAGAGUAUACGUUGGAUUUGUGUCCAUCUGUGGCUGAUAGUACAGCUGUAAAAGUCGUCACGAACGACAGCAAAGAAACUAAACUAGGAAUUUCGAGCAAAGUGCAGUCUGCGUUCAAAGGAUGCAAUUGGGCACUAAUCUCAUUCGGAUCAGACGAGAACUACACGGAGACCAGUUGCAAGGACCACCCGAGACGAUCAGUCGUACAUAUCACAUGUAACGCCUCACUGGAAACAGACAACAAAUUGAGGCAUGCACAAGACUUCAGCCACACGGGCGAGUGUUACUACUUGUUCGAAGUGGAAUCGAAAUCAGCCCAAGUUUGCCCAGACGUCAACGAACAGUCAACACCAACUAGUUCGGAUUCCCCCAAAGAUGCAAGUGAACAAACUGACCCUAACAAGGGAAAGGAAGAAGAGUCCAAAGCAACUAAUUCGGAUGCAAAGCCAGAAGAAAGUGAGAAGAAUUCUAGCUCGGAUGCACAAACAGGCGGAGCGGGGAAUGAACUGGACGCACAAACUCAAGAACCUAGUUCAGGCGGCGGAGUUUCUUUCUUCACCGUCCUCUUCAUAGUUCUCCUACUCGGCGUCUUCUUCUACUUCGCUAUCGGCAUUCUCUACAAGAGGAUAGCCCUGGAUGCAAGGGGGUGGGAGCAGUUGCCUAAUUCAAAUGUGUGGGUGGGGCUUGUGGAUAAGUGUGUAGGUGUGCUUGAUAGACUCAGAUAUGGAAGCAGCGCUGGACGAUCUGACAGGUACUACAACAAUAUAGACACUGGAGCUCCUCCAUUUGGGGAAGAGAUGGGACCAGAAUCGACCGACGACCAUCUGUUGUCCAUGUAGAAAAUAACACAAUCGAGAGAAGUGGCGGAGCAGGAUGAACGCACGGAGAGGUCACUUUUACAAUCAUUGAUAGAAUUGAACAGGAAAGAAAGUUGUUACAAGAGUUUACUUUCAUUGGUCAAGACUUAAAAUAUCAAACAACUAUCCUAUGAUCUGUAAUUCAUCUAUAGUAAAACAGCAGUGAAAAUAUUACGGCAAAUCAUAAGUUUGCUGCAGUUACUAUUUUGUCAAGUGGUAAUGCGCCUUGAAUUAUAAUUGUGAAAAUUAGAUGAGUAGUUUGCGUGGCAACCCUGAAUAUUCAAAAGUUAAAUUUUGAGGAUACCUUUCAUUAAUAUCAUAAACUUAUCGGUCCCAAGUCUUUCCCAGUUCCAGACUCUUUGAGGAGUAUUGUUAUUUUUGCAAAUUGCGAUUGGAAAAAUGGUCAUAGCGGCAUGGGAUUGGUUUCCAUUAUAGAAACUUUCGUUUUUAAGUCGGUCAUUGUUAGACUGUAACUUAACGCAUCUGUAAAUUAUCAUUAUUUUUGUAUGAAACGGCGCUAUGUACAUACAUCCAUUCAAAAAAGUCAUCGAAGUGUCACAAGAGCUCCAUUGAGUUCGAAUAAACAAUGUAAAUAAAUGCAAGUAUAUUUACUUCUAAAUCUUUCAUUUUUCUUUUGUAUUUUUUGCUUCAAUCAGUAAUUGAAAAUUUUUGUAUCCGA